CAGUAGUGCAGUAAUAAAGAACAGGCCUAUGGUGUCUCGCGUUGCACCGGUGAUGUCGCACCCGGGAUCUUAUCAGGACCUCGUAAUAUCAAUCGGGCUCGUAUGCACCGCUGGGAAAACUGCCUUCGUUUCCCCAGUUUUUAAUGUCGUCAUGGUCCCGUGGAGGGUUUAAUUUCACGUGGCGCGGUACAUUGGAAGUUCACCUACGUUUAGGUUAGCCGGGUCUCUUCUUCGGCUCGACGGGACACCGGUGGAGAAAUUCUGACGAGAUGUACCUUAACGUUUGCCGGCUGUUGACGCGCACCUGCGCGAGGCAAAUACACACCAGCGUGUCGCGAAAUCUAAUGAAGGACCACUCGGACAGCGCGUUUCGAAAGAAAUUGCGCUCCUCUGCCUUUUACUGGGCCGGAGUCGGGGUUCUGGUAGUUGGACUAAGUUAUUCCGCAGUGCCACUGUACAGAAUGUUCUGCCAGUCGUAUAGUUACGGCGGAACGGUAUCGGCUGGUCACGACGCCAGUAAAGUGAUCACAAUGUCGCCCAUUAAAUUCAGGAAGAUUCGAAUUAAGUUCAAUGCAGAUGUGGCGGCAUCGAUGCAAUGGAAUUUCAAGCCGCAGCAAAGGGAGAUCAUGGUUGUUCCCGGGGAGACGGCCUUGGCGUUUUAUACAGCCACGAAUCCGACCGAUCACCAGGUCAUAGGGAUAUCCACAUAUAACGUUUUACCUUUCGAAGUUGGGCAAUACUUCAAUAAAAUACAGUGCUUCUGUUUCGAGGAACAGAUGCUCAACCCACGUGAGCAAGUUGACAUGCCAGUGUUCUUCUACAUUGAUCCCGAAUUCGCGGACGAUCCAAAAAUGGAGUUUGUUGACGAAAUAGUCCUCUCUUAUACAUUUUUCGAGGCCAAGCCAGGAUUUAAUCUGCCUGUACCGAGUUACGCCAGAAGUCACUCGGCGAAGUAACGCGUAAUUAUUCCUAGUAGUUAUUACAAUUGUACAAACGAAUAAAUCUUUAAUGUAUAUAUAU